AUCCUCCCCGGCCGCGGGCAGCGGGCGCGCCAGGCGCCACGCGCGGGCCAGCGCCGAGCGGCGCAGGCAGCGCGCAGGACGGGCGGGCGGCGGAAGAGCCGGCGGGAGCCCCGGGGCGGCGCCGUGCGGUGGCGGAUGGAGCUGGUGGCGGGGUGCUACGAGCAGGUGCUGCUGGGGUUCGCCACGAGGCCCGGCCAGUCCUGGACAGUUGUCCCUGAUUUCACACAUCAUGCCCACUCUGCCUCGUUGUCAGCAGUAGCAGUGAAUAACAGAUAUGUGGUCACUGGGAGCAGAGAUGAGACAAUCCAAAUUUAUGACAUGAAAAAGAAGAUAGAACAUGGGGCACUGCUACAGCACAAUGGCACAAUAACUUGUUUGGAGUUCUAUGGGACUGCACAUCUGCUGAGUGGGGCUGAAGAUGGACUCAUUUGUAUCUGGAACACAAAGAGAUGGGAAUGUCUGAAAUCCAUUAAGGCACAUAAGGGACAUGUGACAUCUCUUUCUAUUCAUCCUUCUGGGAAAUUAGCUUUGUCAGUCGGAACAGAUAAAACAUUGAGAACUUGGAAUCUUGUUGAAGGACGAUCAGCCUUCAUCAAAAACCUGAAGCAAAAUGCACACAUAAUUAAAUGGUCCCCUGACGGAGAGAAAUAUGUGACCGUGAUAACAAAUAAAGUGGAUAUCUACAGACUUGACACAGCUUCAAUCACUGGCACCAUUACAACAGAGAAGAGGAUUUCUUCACUUAGAUUUAUUACAGAUUCUAUCCUCGCCAUAGCUGGAGAUGAUGAAAUGAUUAGGUUCUACAGCUGUGACUCUCAAAAAUGCCUGUGUGAAUUCAAAGCUCAUGAAAACAGAAUAAAAGAUAUUUAUAGUUUUGAAAGAGAAGGACAGCAUGUUAUUGUUACUGCAUCCAGUGACGGUUACAUUAAAAUGUGGAACCUGGAUCUUGAUAAGAUUAAAGAUGGGCCAUCUUUACUGUGUGAAGUCAAUACCAAAGCUAGGCUGACGUGUCUUGCAGUGUGGCUUGACCAAGCUUCAGAAAUGAAAGAAAACUCUGAUAAAACUGCAACAUCAUCUCAAGAAACAGAAGAUGAAAAAUCAUCAAUAGCCACGAUAAACAAAGAUUUUUGGACUACUAAAAGGGUUAAAAUAGCAAAAAGAAAGAGAAAAAUUAUUCCAGAGAAACAGAAGCUGGAAGCUCCAGUGCAAAAGAAGAAAAAGAAACAGAAUAGCUCAGCAUGAAGGCAGCUAUUUUCUCCCCUGUAUAAAGUAAAUGCUGAUGUUGUCCUAGUUUUUAUAAGAAUGUAAACCCUUACAGGACAUACACCUUUCAUCCAAUGUGUUGUUUAAAAAUAAUAAUUGUUCUUAUUCUAAUAAACUGACUGAUCAUUCUGGAAACUUUCCCUAAGUGAACAAAGCAAAAAAAAAUCAUAAUAUGUAAUGUUUAUAUUUUUCUAUUAACAAUAUCACUUUUUAACUGGCCCUGAAAAAGCCAGCUGAAAUAAAAAUAGCUGCACCUGUCUCAGUUAUAUUUUUGUUUCACUUAAAUGCAUAUUAAAAACAUGUACACUUUUUCA